CUUGCACUGAUAACACACUAUUGACCAGAAUUCAACAACAAAUAAAGACCUUUUGCCUUUGCUCAUAACUUUCCUUGUCAUAAUAUGCUCAUAUUCUGCAACUCUUUACCCAAGACCUUCGUCGCGCAGUCAUGACGCAGUCGCCAAGUGUCUCCUAUGGAGGCAAAGGCCCCUUGAUUCUAGGGGUAACUUGGGCAGAGAUGAGUCUUGCCUUCAUUCUCUUUAUUCUACGUGCAAAAACCGCUUCGGUAUACCCCCAAGGCCAGCUUUCGUCUGGCGUAUUCGGACUGCGAUGGGAUUUCGUGUGGGUGAUUUUGGCAUUUACUGUCGCGUUUUCGGCCCAGGUCACAAUGACAGUGAGCGCCCGCUAUGGACUCGGUAACCAUCAGGAUCUUCUCGCCUACGACAAUAUUGUCAAAACAAACCUAUGGAGUUGGAUCGCUCAAGUACUCGCCAUUAUCGACCUGGUCAUUGCUCGGAUAGCCGUGAUCGCAUUCCUCAUGACAAUCCAGAACAGGACAAUGAGCAAGAGCAAAUAUUUACUGUACAGCGUUGGGGGUAUUCAGGCUCUCAUCAACUUUAUCGAGAUCGUCUUGAUCUUCAAACAAUGCACACCAACUGCGAAAUUGUGGGAUAUCAAUCUCCCUGGCAAGUGUGAAAUGAUAGAAAUCUGCUCAAAAGUUGGAUUUGUCCAAGGCAGUAUCGGAGCGGCUGCAGACUUCUUCUUGGCUGCGUACCCCGUAUACAUCAUUGGCCGGCUUCAAUUGAUGAAGCUGUCGACCAAGAUCGGAUUAUGUCUCAUUAUGGGAGGAGGAUUGAUCGCUGGUAUAGCAGGAAUCAACAAAACCAUUGCCAUUGCGUCCAUAACGCACGUCGAGGAUCUGACCUAUGCCAUAUACCAACUCAACACUUGGGUCUUGACCGAAAUGUGGUUCAUCAUUAUAUUUGGAUCAAUACCCGUUCUACGUCCAUUUUUCGUUCGAUUCACACAAGACAUCAAGAGCGUGACCGGCUAUUCCUCCAAGAAUCGCAGCAACACCGGUGGGUAUAGCGACGGAAGUAACAAUAAGCGCGAGUCUUGGGUGCAAUUGAGUGAGCAGCUACCGGGGACUUGGGCCUCCCAGAGCUCUGCCUAUGCCGACGCGACUUAUGACACCGAGUGCGCUAUAGAUGAUGAUUCGCCUUCAAAUAAAGCACGGCAAAUCUUGGUGACAAAAGACACGAGUGUGGUUUCCGAACACUACCACGGCGAGCCAAGUUAAUCGAACCAUAAGAUGAAACUUUCGUGCCCAAGGGGGGCGCUUGUCAAUCACAGAGAAUAGAAGCCAUGAAUUUCGCAUUGGACGAUCUAAUACACAUGAUGCAUUUUCUGUCAAAUUUCCGGGAAUUGUCGUGUUAUCCGGUCUGGCUAGAAAACGAAAAAGCAGAAAUGCCUAUGGAAGUGUAGAAGUCCAGAGUGGUUUCAAAGAUCACCAACGGAGUCCAUCCGUACGACUUGUACUGUAAUGAGGACGGAAUACUGGCUUUUCAGCGAUUUGACAAUCCUUGCAGGUGCAUGCGGGCCUCCUCCAGUGAUACGCUUCCACAUUCAGAUCGACGGGUAAAGACAUACGGUCGACCCUAAAAAAGGCACGGACUCCGUACUAUAGGAAGAGGGAACAAAGAAUUCCAUGUGUAUGCCCCUAUUUUCGAGGCUACUAGGCGAAUUACACCCAAAUUUGAACACACAAG